AUGGCUUCUCUCCUACACUCGGAACAGAUACCGUCAGAUCAACCUGGCUAUUCGUUUGCAAACCACGCCGCAUCAGCGCAAGAAGCCUCCGGACCCAGACAACAUGCCUUCUAUCCAUACACCGACAACGGCGGAUCUACACUAGGCAUCACGGGCGCAGACUUUGCCAUCCUCGCCGGCGACACGCGGUCCACCUCGGGCUACAACAUCAAUUCCCGCUACGUGCCCAAACUGUUUCGCAUCGGCGAGGACGGUUCCGACGAGCAGUCCUCCCGGAUCGUGCUUGCGGUCGUGGGCUUCGCGGCCGACGGCAACGCCCUGAAGGAACGUUUGGAUGCUAUUGUCAAAAUGUACAAGUACCAGCACGGCAAGCCCAUCUCUGUGAAAGCGUGCGCGCAACGUCUCUCCACGAUCCUGUACCAGAAGAGAUUUUUCCCAUAUUACGUGCAUGCGAUCCUGGGCGGGCUGGACGAGGAUGGUAAAGGGGCGCUGUAUUCAUACGAUCCCGUGGGCAGCUACGAAAGAGAACAGUGCCGGGCGGCGGGCGCGGCGGCGAGUUUGAUCAUGCCCUUCCUGGACAACCAGGUCAAUUUCAAGAAUCAGUACAUAGCGGCGUCGGGCGAGGGACACGAUUUGAAACCGAGGGUGGCCGAGAGUCUGCCCAAGGAUGUGGUUGUCGGAUUGGUGAAAGAUGCGUUUACAAGUGCGACCGAACGGCAUAUCGAGGUCGGGGAUGGGUUGCAGAUGUUGGUCAUCACAAAGGACGGCAUAGAGGAGACGUUCACGCCCCUCAAGAGAGAUUAG